AUGCGGAUCUCUCGGCUGGAAGAUAAGAUCGAGAGUGUGUUAUCUGCCAUGCAAUCUUUCAUCGGCGCUCAGGGAGAAACUGGCCCUGCUAUCAACGUCAAUCAACCAAUCAACGGACACAGCAGCGCUUCAUCGACUGCGUCUUAUUCAAAUGGUACUACCCUAGUGAACCCGAUAGACACAAACCUUGCAUUCAGUGAUGGGUCGACAUUCGCAGCGGGUUCCAUUGAGACAGUCUCGCCGCACCCAAAUACAUUAAUUCUGCCUCAUCAAUAUCCUCUAUCUCACAGCACUCCAUCACUGAUACGGGCAGAUGAUAGAUUGAGUUUUUUCCGAUCGCGCAUGCUGCCUUUUUUUCCUUUCAUCGACUUGGCCCCGGAUAUGACAAGCUGGUACCUGCGGCAGAGUAGGCCGUUCCUAUUCCAAGCCAUCCACACGGUGACCACCUUCUCAACACAGGAAAGGCUGGUUCAACUUGAAGAGUUGAAGCGUGUUUUGUUCACAUCUGCUUUACUCGAAGUCCAGUCUAACAUUGACCUGUUGCUGGGACUGUUGACGUAUAUAGCAUGGAGCACGGAUUCUUUCCUUGGCAGAGCAGACCUCCUCUCCCGACUCAUGAUGCUCGCCAUUUCACUUGUAUAUGACUUGCGGUUGUUCAAGCCACCAUCCACAGACGUGGAAGUUAUGAUGAUGAUCACCCAGGGGCGGGCUGAUGACAAUAACCAGAGCUCCGUUGAUGAAACGCCCUAUGGGUUAUUGGAAAGGCAGCGCGCAGUACUAGCAUGUUUUAUGCUAAGCUCCAAGUCCGUGCGUCCUCUGAUUGCUCAUCAAACUCAACAGUAG